AUGUUAGCAUGUGUAGUGGGUGUGGAAAGGUUUCGAACCUAUGUCUAUGGACAACCAUUCAAGCUACUCACAGAUCACCGCCCAUUGUUGAACAUCUUUAAACCUACACACAAACCGCCAGCACGUCUAGAACGUCUACUAAUGAGGUUACAAUGCUACAAUUUCACAGUAGAACAUCAGCCAGGAAUCUCCAAUCCAGCCGACAUUCUCUCAAGGUCAACAUUCAAUAAAGAAAAAUGUGAAAUCUCAAACAUUACCGAGAAAUAUCUAGACUAUGUAUGUGAAAAUUCAGUGCCAAAAGCCAUGACCUUAGAUCAAAUUGAUAAAGAAUCAUCUCAGGACAAAUUCACACAGCAAUUAAUCAAAUGCAUAAAUCAUGACAAAUGGCCGAAAGCUGAAGAAUUCAAAAGAUUCUUUAAAAUUCGCAGAGAACUGUCUACUCAUAACAAUAUCGUAUUACGUGGAAAUAGAAUAGUUAUUCCACAGGCUAUGAGGGGUCAAGUGUUAAAAAUAGCACAUGAAAGUCACCAGGGAAUUGUAAAGACUAAACAAAUGUUGAGAGAAAAAGUGUAUUGGCCAGGUAUUGACUCAGAAAUAGAGGAAUUAAUUAGGACUUGCGAACAAUGCCAGCUAAACUCCGCUCCACCAAAACAACCAACAAUCACACCUACGGAAUUACCAGACCGCCCGUGGCAAACUGUAGGGAUGGACCUUACAGGACCGUUCCCCGGGGGAGAACAUAUUCUUGUAGUCAUUGACUACUACUCCAGAUUUCCAGAAGCAGAAAUCAUCAAAAAUACAUCAUCAAGAACAGUAAUAAAUAAACUGAUGCGCUACAUUAUGCUUUGUGCUACAACGCACUUUGCCGAGGCAGUAAGUCCUCAGUUUAAUUAA